AUGUCCUUCUGGCGCUUUUUCGGGCUCGCGAGCUUAGUUGGCUCGACUCUCGCGGCCACUCCGGCACAAUGGCGUACUCGGUCUAUUUAUUUCAUGCUCACGGAUCGGUUUGCACGGACUGAUGGCUCAACCACUGCUACAUGUGAUACAAAUGAUAGGGUCUAUUGUGGUGGCUCUUGGCAGGGUAUCAUCAACCAGCUGGAUUAUAUCCAAGGAAUGGGGUUUACUGCUAUCUGGAUCACUCCUGUUACUGAGCAGCUCCCUCAGCAUACGGCUGAUGGCUCCGCAUAUCACGGGUACUGGCAACAAGACAUCUACUCUGUCAACUCGAAUUUCGGCACGGCAGAUGAUCUCAAAUCUUUGGCUUCGGCACUUCACGAUCGCGAUAUGUACCUUAUGGUCGAUGUUGUGACCAAUCACAUGGGUUAUGCAGGAGCUGGAGAUACUGUGGACUACAAUAUUUUUAAGCCCUUCAAUUUUGAGGAUUAUUUCCAUUCCUAUUGCGAGAUCACGGACUAUAGUAACUUGACUAUGGUUGAAAAAUGCUGGGAAGGGGACACUACUGUCUCGUUACCUGAUCUCAACACAGAGUCCACCACAGUGCAAAAUAUUUGGAAUGGCUGGAUCACAGAUCUUGUUUCGAAUUAUUCCAUUGACGGUCUGCGCAUCGACUCCGUCUUGGAGGUUCAGAAAGGCUUCUGGGCCGGCUUUGAGGAUGCCGCUGGGGUCUACUGUGUUGGCGAAGUAUUCAACGGUGAUCCAACAUUAGCCUGCCCGUAUCAGGAAGUCAUGGAUGGUAUUCUCGACUACCCGAUGUACUACCCUCUCCUCCGAGCCUUCGAAUCUACCAGUGGAAGUAUCAUUGGUUUGUACAACAUGAUCAAUACGGUGAAAUCCGAUUGCUCCGACUCAACUCUCCUUGGCACUUUUAUCGAGAACCAUGACAAUCCCCGCUUUGCAUCAUACACCGAAGACAUGUCUCUAGCCAAAAACGUGGCCGUUUUCACCAUCAUGUCAGAUGGUAUCCCGAUCAUUUAUGCAGGACAAGAACAGCACUACAAUGGCGGUAGCGAUCCCUACAACCGUGAAGCUACCUGGUUGUCUGGCUACAAUACCAGCAGCGAGUUAUACACGCUUAUCGCGCAGACGAAUGCCAUCCGGAAUAAGGCGAUCUAUCAGGCCGAGGACUAUAUCACUUACAAGAAUUACCCCAUCUACCAAGAUGAUACUACCUUGGCAAUGCGCAAGGGCUAUGACGGCACGCAGACUAUCACUAUCCUUUCUAACCUCGGCGAGGAUGGAAGUAAAUACACCCUCUCGCUGUCGGACACGGGCUUUGUUGCUGGUCUGGCGGUUACGGAGAUCUUUACUUGUACGAGCCUUAUUGUUGAUGAUAGUGGCAAUGUUGCGGUUCCCAUGGGCGGUGGGGAGCCACGGAUUCUAUAUCCUACUACUGAGCUUAUUGGGUCUACUCUUUGUGCAUAG